AUGAGGUCGGCCUCAAGGCAUAAUAUUCCUCAUGGCCGAACCAGGGGCAUUGUGUUACAAGUCCCUGAUCCCAGAUCUUCACGCACUGCUUUCAUUUCCACGUUCCUUUCGGUGCUUUUCAGUGCUCCUAGAUCUUGGGUUGCUCGAGUGUCGAUCAAGGGUUGCUGGAGGAGGCUGAGCUCGAUCACCAAUAACCGCUAUGACAAGCUUCGGUUAUUGGCUUUUGUCUUAAUUUGGAAAGAAAAUUCAAACUUGGGUAGUUCCUUUAGCCAUUUCUGCGCAUGA